UUCGUCUCCUAAUAUGGACGGUGUUGUGUCUGUCUGAUACUCGCCCAGUAGUGCAACCGUCGAGGUUUUCCGUUCGUUCCGAGUGCUACAUUACUUUAAAAUCGUCCGACUGUCGUAUCGAGCGCGCAAACGGGUCUUCCCGUUUCGACAUGGGAAACUGAACUGCGCGCGAGUUCUCGCUGCCCGUUCAGAGAAACCGCAACAGAACGGUGAUGACCUUUCAACUCGUCGGCCGCAAUCGAGUAAACGACGCCUUGUUCGCCUAAGCUAAUCCACACGUUCGUUCGUCAUGCCGGUCGAACGCAACGAAGGGAUGCCAUACAGGAACAGUGGCACAUUGAAGAAGAAGUUGAAGCGAUUGACAGGGAAACUACCGUCACCUACUGUGACAAGGAAACAUGGAGAUGCCACCACAGAAACAGAUGGCGGUGGUGCUGGUCAAGGUCAUGUGGACAAACAAGUUACAAUUAGAAAGCAUAGUAAAGAGCAACUGGAGGCAGAAGGCAAGACGGUGGGUGUUCACCUUCAGUACAUGCAAGUUUUUUUCAAAGACCUCGGCAAUGAUUCUAAAGAUUAUAGUAAAGUCCCUGAUCUGACGGACACGAUUUUGGUGUCUGUGAGAAACUUUCUGGAUGUGAUCAACACUCUACUGAGGGGCAUCAACUCUGAAGAGCUUCAAAGCGACAGACAAAUGGCCUUUAGCAGUCGUAAUGAUUUACUACAGCAGUUGGCUGGAUUGGUCAGAUGGGCUGAUUCUCUAUACUUGAGUGAGUUUCGUCGAAGUUUUGAUGCUGAUCCAUUUGUAACUCACAUCGAACCACUUGUUGAUACUGUGAAGAAUUUGGUGACGAGUGUUUCAAGGUUGUGUUCUGCUCAAGAAGAAGCAGAUCCAAACAAGUCUAUCACUCGAAUGCGACAUCGAUCUCUUCCUAGUGCAAAACUGGAAAUGUUUCUUUCUUCUACAACACAAUCAUUACCGAGGAGGACUGCCAUCUCUCGCUCCACAGAAAACAUUUUAGAACUGGAGUCGCCCAAACCGAAGAGAAAUGCAAUGACAUCCAGUGAGAGUGAAGGUCAGAUUAGUCGCCUCAGAAGGAAUCCCGACCAGUCACUCACCACUAGUUCUAUUCAAUCAAACUUUAAUCUUUCGCCGAGAAUGUCGAGAAAGGACAGAAGUCCUCUGGCUCACAGCUAUCAGAGUGGAAGCAUGGGAUCAAGUGCAGACCAGCUGUCUGAUGUCUCGGUAGACAGUCUUAAUGAACCUACUGAUACCUCAAGUGGGAGCUCACCCAAUCCACCGAAGAUUGACAAUGAGGAGGAGGAGAAACCACCUCCAUUACCAAUUAAGAAACGAAACAGCAUACCAACAGAUGGAGACAUUUCUGUUGUGGAUAGACCGGGUUUCCUCCCUUUGUAUAUGGACGAUCGCGCGAGAAUGCAAAUGGGAUUGACUGGGCAUGAUUCGGGUGCUGACAUGGAGUCACGUGCUCCUCUCCAAGCGAAAUAUUCCGGCAACGUUGGCAUGCAAUUGAUUAAUCCCGCGUUUCGGAAAAGUGCAGAACGUGGAGUGACUAAACGCGGUCCGAUGAAGGCGACCGUCGAUGUACUUGGCGGUAUGAAUGGUGUGCAGACGGCACUACACGCUUGUCUACCAGAUAACCACACUGCAAUGAGACGGCAGCAGGUUACCGGUCACCAACCUGUUUUACUGAGCAAUGCAGUGCCAGAUGGUUGCUCUCAGCCGCCUGCUAAGCCUUCGAGGCAAAGAAAUUCGACGUCGUCCAAGCCGACUCCGGUCAACCUCUCACUGAAUAUAUCAUCUGUGUCGGACACUUCAACUCUAGAUGACAGUUCAAGUAUCGUAAGUCUUGGUUCUGACUCAACGUUGAAUGACAAUAACACUCCGCAGCGACGCACGAGUCUCCCUGGAAGUCCAAUCGUUAGUUAUGCUCGUUCCCCGAGCAUGGAUUUGACCGAGACAAUGUCUCCUCCUGCUAAACCGCCUCGACCAUCGACCGGGGCUCUUGUUCGUCCCGCCAAACCACCACGCCCUCCAACACCAGUUAAACUACCAGAUCAGCUUUUUCUUGUUGACGGAACGAAGCCGCCUCCUCUUCCAUUGAAGAAGAAACAACAAGUACCGAAAUACUUUGAGAUAUUUAAUCAGCAGCAGAAUGAGCACGCAGAGGACGAAUACGAUCCAUUACAGUUCUACCAGUCAUAUCAGUUAGAGUGGCCUCAACCAAGUAUGGUCGACUGGAACACGCUAAAUCUCAGUCCUGGAUUGAAAUUAAACUUUGACGCUGAAAACACGGACAAGGCUCCACCUCUGCCAGUGAAGAAGAAAACCUUGAGUUCUCGUGGUCGGACUCUGUCUGUUCCUUGCGACACUGAAAAUGCCACGUUGAACGAUUCUAGUAAAUGUAGUAGUGAACCGAAUGUGCUUGACAGUGUAACUUCUGUACAGACGAGUGAUUCUGAGGAUGCAGCCACCGAGUACGAAUUGUCUAGAACGGUGAUGGUGACACCUCUCGAUAAGUUAGAGAAAGAGUUGCUGUUUAACGAGGGGCACGAGUCUGGUACGAGGGUGUUGCGAGGCGGCAGUGUAGAUGCUCUCAUUGCUUGUGCAUGUGCAGCAAAGGAAACCGGGCCAGAGGGCCCAUACUUUGAAGCAUUUCUUAUGACCUACCGAACGUUCGUAACAUCUGAGACGGUCCUUGAAAAACUGCUGGAGAGCCAUGACUUCUACUUGACAAAGAGUGACCAAGUUGGUUCAACGAAUACUCUCAGCUUAUUGAUGAGAGUCGUUGAUUACUUGAGCAGCAGCGAACUAAAUCAAGAGAUGACCGAUCGCCUAAUAGAUGUCGUGUAUCGACUGUUGUGCUCCGAUGAGCUCAAACUGGCAGUCGUGCUUCGUCUGAAACUUAUGCAGAAAUGGAAAUCGCUGCACGAGCUGAAGGAUCCGCCUGCGAACUACCUGAUGACAAAACCGGAUCCCACGUCAAGAGCAAGGAAGAUAACCGAAUUCAAGAGCCGCCAGUUGGCUGAGCAGAUGACGUUACUCGAUAUGAAGUUCUUUCAAAACAUCGAGGCCCAUGAGAUGUUGUUAUGGGCGGAGGAGCAGAACGAAGAGAGAAACCCUUCGUUGACUGCAUUUACCGGUCACUUCAAUAACGUCAGUGGCUGGUGUCGCACGCGGUUGAUUGAGAGCAAGGACUCGAAGGAACGAGAAAAGGUUGCUCUCAAGCUGCUGAAAGUGAUGAGACACUUGAAACUGAUGAACAACUUUAAUUCGUAUUUGGCAAUUCUGUCUGCGAUGGAUUCGGCCGCAAUCAGCCGAUUGGACUGGUCGGAUGAAGUUGUCAAGGGUCUUGAAGAGCCUCACGCACUGAUUGACAACACUUCGUCAUUCAAAGCAUACCGAACGGCUCUAAGGGAAGCAAAGUCUCCAUGUAUACCGUACAUAGGCAUGUUUCUACAGGACCUUACGUUUUUGCAUCUUGGUAGUCCAAGCUUUUUAGACAAAAAUGAGAAGAAAUUUGUCAAUUUUACCAAACGGUGGAAACAGUUCAACGUACUGAAGAAAAUUCGACAGUGUCAGCAAGUAGAGUAUCAGUUCGAACGCGACGAAACUGUGGUUCAAGUUUUCAAUAAAUUCGAGAAUUACCUCGGAGACGAACAAAUCUAUCAGCGGUCGUUGCUCUUCAAACCGAGACAAUUUUAAAGUCUACCAUCCGGAUGUUGUAGCCAAUAGAGUGGGAGGAGAGGGAAAUUAUCGAACUUGUAUUUUGUGCAAAGGAAUAUACGGUAGAUGCAACAGACCAAUGGAAAGGCAUAAUGCGCAUGUACGCUGUACAACCGAUGGGCUGUAAGUAUGGGGAUGUAGCCGCGAGUCUGUAGUGUCUAGAGAAUUUGUAGUGUGCGAAUUCGCCGUCGGACGGACGGUUUCGAUGAGUUGGCCAUUAUUAGUUUUAUUGAACUUACGGCCUGAAAGUAUUUUAAGUAAUAUAGAAUGAAACGUGUCA